AUGAACCACACUUUUGUAAAGAAUUUAAUAAUAGAAAAGGAUACAGUGAAGACGAAUGUAAACCAUUUAGAAUUUGAUCUAGUAUAUAAGGAAUAUGUUAAGAAGCAUAAUAGAAUAGUUUCCAAGUUACUAAGGCCAUCUGCCAAACAUACUUUAUCUGAACUUCCGAAAGUUGUUGUUGUUCGGCUAGACAUGAAUACAGGACACGGGAACCGUUUACCCGGAAUAGUUUGUGGCUUUUUAUAUUCACUAAUUACUGAUAGGCUAUUUUUUAUUGAUGGUUAUGAUAAUUUCGAAAGUUAUUAUGAAAAAGAUUUCGAACAUGACUGGAAAAUUGUUACAAACUUGUAUAAAAAUAGUACCUCUAGAUAUAUACAUGCUCUUAAUUCAUAUAACGACUUUUCGUUGGUUGCGAGAGGAAACCUUAGCAACGAUGAACUAAUUUCGUACGAUGUUUUAUAUGUUCGUACAUGGGAUUACGCAUGUGCUCCUAUAACGUCAAAUCCUUAUUAUAAGAAUUGGUUUAAUAAAGUGAUACCUGAUUAUAGAGUUUUUACUGCAAUCAGCCUAAAAUUAUUGAGAUUACACUUAAAUAUUAGCAAACAAGUAGAGACUUUUGUGGACAAUAAUUUUAACGAUUAUAAUAUAGGAAUUCAUUUAAGACAAAAAGAGUCACCAGAUGAUAUGAUAAUACCCAUAGAACAUUAUAGUCAAGUGGUGAAAAUGUUGAUGUUAGGAAUAAAAAACAUGAACAUAUCUAUCUUUGUGGUUGCAGAUAAUGAUAGUCGGAAAAAAUUAGUAAAAUCACUUCGUGAAGUAUUUAAUUCAAAUAAUAACAAUUCUAUUAAAAUAGUUUAUACCGAACAAGAUAUGGAUUCACCAAAUCCUGUUAGUUGGAACGCUAGUCCGGAAGUACACGCUCUUAUCGUUAUGAAGUUGCUUAGCUUAUGUGAUGACUUGGUGAUUACAUAUGGAUCUUCAUUCGGUUUCACUGCAGCAGGAUGGUCGCAAAAAGCGUUUCGUCAAAGAGGUCCAUUUGUCAUAAUGCCAAUAAAAAACUCGAACGAAGAAUUAUGGGCUAUAGAUAAAGUUUUGGUAUGGGGUGCUAUAUCAAGCGAGCCUUGUAUGUACCUGAGUAAGUUGCUGAUUGACAAAGAAGACGAGGAAACCAUUAAGGUUUUUAAGACCAAUCCGUUAUGGAUGCAUCAUAGUCAAUGCCAUGGGUCUGCAAAAUAA